AUGCUGCAAUCUAAUAUUAAAUUAUGCAUCGCACAUGUAGAUAUUCUUUCUUUGCCUUCCAUUUGGGGAUGCUUCUGCUUUCCUUCUUUUUUUUUCUUUCUUUCUUUCGUUCCUUCUUCCUUUCUUUAUCACUCUCUUUCUUUUUUUAACUUGACAAUAUUGUUUGUAAUCACUUGCCUUUUCUGUUUUCUUAUCCUACUUCCGUUAUUUUUUAACCGUCAUUAUGUCGUCAGUAUUCUUUGUUUUCAAUUCUUUCUUUCUUUCAUUCAUUUUCCUUUCUUUCUUUCUUUCUUUCUUUUAUUUUCCUUUCUUUCUUUCUUUUUCCCAUUCAUUCAUUUUUCUUUCUUUUUUUCUUCUUACUGUCUUUCUUUUAUAAUUUCUGUCUUUCAUUUUCCUUUCUUUCGUUUUUCUUUCUCUAUUUUCUUCGUUUUUCGCUAUCUCGACACUAAACUCAUUUCUUUCUUUGUCAGUCAAUCACCUUCUUUCUUUCUUUCUUUCUUUCUUUCUUUCUUUCUUUCUUUCUUUCGUUCGUUCAACAUUCUAUCUAUCUAUCUAUCUAUCUAUCUAUCUAUCUAUCUAUCUAUCUAUCUAUCUAUCACAGCCAUACUGAAGCAACACCAAUUCGAAAAGAAGCCUACCUGUGGUGGUGGUGAUGGUGAUGAUGAUGAUGCUGAUGAUGAUGAUGAUAUCUAUCUAUCUAUCUAUCUAACUAUCUAUCUAUCUAUCUAUCUAUCUAUAUGA